CGUCUCUCUUCUUUGUAAAUUUUCUUUCCGUUGCCAUCCACGCCAUCUGCCCCUGUUUCCAUCGGUCUGUUGCACGCCGGUAAGCACUCGGGCUCUGACCGUCUAUCUCUGCCUCUCUCUGUUCGUCGUUCUCUCCCUUCGAUUCACUCUCUCUUGUUGUGCCGUCGGGCAGGCUCUUCCGUCGCACGGAGUCCCGUCGUUCCACCUCGCCGUCCGUGCCUCAGUUUGUCGUUGGUAAGUUUUUUCUCUCGCUCUCCCUCGGCCUCUCGGUCUUUCCCUCUCUCUCUCUCUCGGCUCCCCGUCCGUGCCGCCGUACUGCCGCUCGCCACUCCGCCCUGCUUCAUGAAGUUCGGCCGUGAGCAGUAGAGGAAAAAGGGGCCAGCCGUGCCGCCUCACGCCACCAAGCUGCUUGCUUGUAUCGCCUGCUGCACGCAGCACCACCACCUAGCCCCAUCGUCACCAGCGGGUUUGCUCAAAUGGAUGAUUAUCAAGAAAUAGGAGACAAAACAUCAGAAACAAUUUCUUAUAAUGCAUCACAAAAGAAACAGGAAACUCGUGAUGAUAUGCUUUCCAGGCAUAGGAAAGAGAUAUCGCAGCUGCAGAACAAGGAAAUUGAACUGAAAAAGGCAGCAGCCAAAGGUAGCAAGGCUGAACAGAAAGCUAAGAAGAAACAGGUGGAGGAAGAGAUCUCUCAACUUUCUGCUAAACUUAAAGAAAAACAUGCUGCAGAACUUGCUUCAUUAGGCUAUAGCAGUAGUGAUGGAGAUGGAAAAAGCAAUAUUGUCAAUUUGGUGAAAGCCAUUGCUGGGGUUUCUGUUACCAGUCAACCUGACCAAUCAAAGCCUAGCAAGAGUGCAAAGAGACGAGGAAAAAGAGCUCAGCAAGAAGCCGAAAGAGAGCAGAGAAUUCAAGAGGAGCAGAGUAGCAUUGUAAGUGAUCGAAUGAUUGAAGAUGAGAAACUGGAAAGAAAGCUUGAACCCCUUGGUUUGACUGUAAAUGAAAUAAAGCCGGAUGGUCACUGUCUCUACCGAGCUGUUGAGGACCAGUUAGCUCUUCUAUCUGGUGGUUUAUCUCCAUAUACGUACCAAGAGCUUCGAGAAAUGGUGGCUGCUUAUAUGAGGAAACAUGCAUCUGAUUUCUUUCCAUUUUUCCUCUCAGACAAUGCGAUAGAAGGAGAUUCUGAUAAUUCUCUGGCAGAGAGAUUUGAGAAUUACUGCAAAGAAGUGGAGUCAACAGCAGUGUGGGGAGGACAACUAGAGCUCGGUGCUUUAACUCACUGCCUUAGAAAACAUAUCAUGAUAUACUCAGGGUCAUUCCCUGAUGUAGAGAUGGGGAAGGAGUACAUAUCAGAUGGUGUGAAUGGUUCAUCAGAUUCAAGUAUCAUGCUAUCAUACCAUAGGCAUGCAUUUGGCCUUGGGGAGCACUAUAAUUCUGUGAUCCCAAUUUAAUCGAAUAAAUAUGUUUUGAAUUAUGAGUAUAAAAUUAGUUGAAGAGGUACUGGUACUGCAUUGUUGGAUCAUAAUGAUGACCCUCCUGUCAUAAUAUGGUUGUUUUAAUUUAAACUACAUAAAGUUUUAAUGUGCUGGUUGGACUUUCUUAUCAGUUAACACUUUGAAAUUGAUUUUUCCUCCCUGAAUGGAAGUACUUUUCUUUU